UGCCGUAACUUUGCCAAGGUCCAGAUAGCAACAACCAACAUCAUCCUGUACCCAACCACAAUCACCCUCUCAACCCGAAUAACAUACCGAUGCAUGCGCGAAGACACCACAGCCUAUCCACGAUGCCCGCACUACCAAACUACUUCGAUCCCAGAGGCCAGAUGCCCUUGGGCUUUGGCUCGGAUGCCAUCAUGUCACCGACGGUGCCCAUGGGCUUUGGCCUCGAGACGCCCAACUCGAGCCCUCAGAUCGAGGACGAUAGUACCUCCGCGGCUUGUAGUAGUGUGGAUUGUAAUCGGUGUGUCACUUGCGACGAUGACGACUGCGAUGAAGCUGCUGCGCAAUGUACAGACGCAGAGUGUCCAGCUAAUGACAUUCUCUCUGAGAAGGACAAAGCUGCCGCCGAUGUGUUGGCUUCCAUAGGGGGGGACACUUUCGCUCAGGACAGCAUAAUGGCUCCGUCGAUGCCUUCGAUGCCCUCAAUGUCUUCCCAAUACUACGCGACCCAAAGCCCCUACCAGAGUGGAGAAAUCUCAGCAGCAUCUCAGAAUCAUUUCCACCCUGGCGGGAUGACCUUGUCGAUGGCUCAUUCGAUGAACAUGGGCAACCCCUAUCAGAGUAACCCCAACCUCUACAACACUGUCCUCAGCUCUUUCGCCGGCUUUGGGGAUCCUGCCACGUCUGCGCCUGCAGAUUGGAUGGUAUUUGGAAUGCAUCUCAACGAGCAUGCGCACGAUCAGACAAACUGUAUACAGCCUUGCCUUACGCAGAACCGGAACUUGCCAACCAGGUGCCCUCUUCCUCACCUGUCGCAUGCUCAUCCAGGUGGACUAGACUUAUCCUUUUGCAUGCCCGACCCGAACUCGUCAGAGUUCAUACCUUGCGGUGCUGAGCUCAACGGCGUCGAGGACUGGACUAGCCAUUUCCAAGAACAACAUGUUGCAUCAGAAGGACAGCAUCACAACUAUCCCCAUGCAACACAACACUCUUACCCGCCUCUAAUGCCGCCGAAUCGUCAGCCUCAUUUCCUUCCAGGGCCACGGGAUGGUCUUCUUGACCCGACCCAUGCUGCCCAAGAUAAGGAGUCUACCACCUCUCCUCUAGGGCUCCAGGCGUCCUCGUCUCCGCAACCGUCUCCGGCCACUGCGCAAACUCUGCCCAGCCCUGAUAAGACCGGAGCUGAAGUGUUCACUUGCCAAUGGGUAAUCGCCGGUCAGAUUUGUGGUAUGAGCUACUCGAACGAUGACGCUCUACAGGCGCAUUGCAAGGAGAGACAUAUUGUCAACCUUGGCAAGACGGACGCUGGAUACAAAUGCUGCUGGGAGGGAUGUGCGCGUGAAGGUCAUUUCACGCAAAAAAGCAAGCUCGAACGUCAUCUACAGACACACACCGGCUUCAAGCCAGUCAAAUGUGAAAUUUGUAAUACUCCGCUAUCCGCCAAACAAUCGCUAGCGCAGCACAUGCGGAUUCACACCGGAGAAAAGCCUUGGAGCUGCAAGUUUCCGGGCUGCAAAGCAUCCUUCAAGCAGCAGAGUGCUUUGAGUAAGUGAUACCAUUAUUCUUGGGUUUGUACAGCUUCUAACUGGCUUCUAGCAAUGCACUCGAGAACUCAUACAGGCGAAAAGCCACUCAAGUGUGAGGUUUGUGGCAAGGCGUUUGGGGAGUCUUCCAAUUUGUCGAAACACAGAAAAACGCACAAUGUGAAGGGAGCAUUCAAGUGUGACUUCUGCGACAAGGACUUUCACAGACUCGA